CCAGAUUUUGGAUUUCGAAUUGACUUGAAAUGAAAAAGGUAUUCGUAUCGUGUGCAGUCUUGUAGUCUGCAUCCUGCACUACACUAUAUUGUCGACUAUUUUUACUUCGAAGUUAUCAGUUUCAACCGGCUAGCUGCAAAGAUGCCUUACGUGGUGAUCUGCUGUCUAAUCCGCACCGAGGCUGGCCCGACUAUUUGCGGCGGUGCUGACAGUGAUGCGGAUCUGAUGGAGUACUUAGGAGCGUCGCUUGUGACCAGAGCUGGCAACAACUUUCCUCAGUGGGUGGCACCGACCUGUCCAGCAAUGGUGCUAGAUAAGCUAGAAAGCUGUGGCUACACUCUUGUCACAUGCGCUGGUACUGGCCAGACAAUAGUCUGGACUCUGCACAAGUCUGCGUAGUCUCUUUCUCUCUCACUCUGUCUCUGUCUUUCUGUCUCUCUCUCUCUGUGUCUGUGGGUGUGUGUGUGGGUGUCUCUCUCUCUUUCUCGUCUCUGUCCUUUCUUUGAAGUUUGUCACUCCGUUUUAGACUUACCCAAACGAGCAAUGAUUGUCCUCCUCUUCAACUGCUCCUUUUUUUUAAAGAUGCUAUUUCAAAAUCAACCCCAUCGGUAGUGCCUGUACAUAGGUCUUAUUUCGAAUUGUAGGAACUGGUUGUGUAAAGUUACUGAUUGCACUGGUUUCUAUCACUUGCCAUAUAUAUAUUUUUAAUACUUUUCAGCAGUUCCAAGCAUAUUAUUCCUAUACAAUGACUCGUAGUUUGUGCGCACGGAAAGGAUAGGCCGUGUUGUGUAGUACUGUCGCUGUACGUCGGUUGGCACUCACGGGCAAUGAGUGUGUUUCGUGUGUGUGUAGUAACUGUUCUUUAUUUUCAAGUUCUUGGCCGAUUAGAUCUGAUGUCUUAUCUGCUUGCAUUUUGACUCCAAACUUUAUUCCGACAAUUCCUGGGCAACUCUCAAUAUUACACCGUCUUCUGUAAUUCGUAUUUCAAAUCACUCCACACUUUUCCUGUCCACAUUUGCCUCUUGACGCAUUGUUCUGCGAGGGUGAUGGACUGUACCUUAUAAUAAUUAUUACAAGUUACAUAUACAUAGCAAGAGGGCAUAACUCUAAA